UCAUGGUUCCCGAGUCGGGCGGUGCCUCUGUUUUGGUGUGGGCUCUGGUCGAAAUGUGCGAAAUUUUGCACAACAUCGAAGUAACCAACGUGCUAGAAUCGGAGACGUUUCAUCAUCCCAUCGUUCUGCUCAAGGGCUCCAUCAACAAUCUCUGCGAGGGGACAGAGCUGAGGAUUAAUUUUGACGAGCAGCAGGAUCAACACCGGCCUUUACCAUACUCGUGCUCCGUGGAUGUAGGUGAAUCAUUGGAAAAGCGGUAUAAAUUUCGGUUGUUGCUGAGGCUCAAGGAGGGACAAAAUGAUAUCAAUCUACACUACUGCAAAGCGGAACGGCGGAUCUGUUUUUACUACGUGCCACGCUGUAGUCCAUACACGGUCGUGCCGCUUUACCUUAUCUGCAAAGGGCACAGCGGACGAUACCAGUCGCACGUGGAAGAUCAAGAAAACACCGCCACCGUGGCCUGCCAGAAGAUAACACUGGCGAUCGAACUAUUGCAGUGUUUGUACGGUGAGAAGCUGCACGAGGAAGGAUACGGUCGUAAAACGUUUACUCUCGGUUCGACCUGCGUACCAUUCCACAGCCAACUCGAGUGGACCCAAUCCGUGGGUAUGACCGAAGGGGAAUUGUGGGAGUAUUUCGCUAGCGAGCUAGUGCAAUCGGAACAAUAUGAUAUGGCCACCGUGAAGGUGGUCGCAUUUCUGAGUAGCACUCACUUCGAAGGCAUCACGGAUGGUGAUUACUCGUACGGCAACAUUCGAGCGAAAACGACGGGACAUGCUGCUCUGGGUGGCGGUGGAUUGGCUCUCUUCGGUACGGGAUGCCUUUAUACCUGGCCAACGAUGCUUGAGCGUGUCGGUGCGGCAUUUUCGGAUCCGCAACUCGUAGACUGUGCCAACUUGCUGGACGAUAGCAAUUACAGGCGAACGUAUGGUGGUUGCUUUGCCACUACCCUCGGAUCGGUGUGCCACGAAAUGGGUCAUACAUUCGAUCUUGGCCACACACCGGACGGUUCCAUCAUGGGCGAUGGGUUCGACGGUAUAGAGCGUGUUUUCAUUGCCCCGAGAUACCCGGGCACUGGUCCGCGGCGAUUGGUAGAAACUAAACCACGUGGCCCUGCUGGUCGGCUUACUCAGUUGAAACGGCCAGGGGAUGUGUUCCGACAGCGGAUGGACGUUAAAUGUAACGAUGGCAUCUUUUUUGCACCAAACAGUGCCAUUACGCUCAACUAUCACCGGUGGUUCCAACAAAACCCUGCCUCACCGGUGGGCAAUGGACCGACGAUACUAUUCGAUCGCGAUACAAGACUGGUGUCUAGUAAAGAACCGGGUUCACCGUUGGUGUUGGUCGAACUGCGCCUUUCAUCGAAUGGAAUGAUGCAAAAGUUCUGGACAUUCCAGUGCGACCCAAAAUGCAUUCCGCAGACACAACUUCAGCUUCCAAAACUAUCGAACCUCUUAGAUCAUACACUAUUUGUAAUGAAUGCCGUAGGUGAUAUUUUGAAGGUAAAUCUCGCAACGUGUUAGUAUUAAAUAGUGAAGCACAAAAUUAAUAAAUUAACACUUAAACUAAAUGAAGCGCAGCUGUCCGAUUAAUACCGCAUGAGCAUAAUAGUCUCGGAUCCUGAGUAGUUGGAAAUAAAAGUAUUCACUAUCAACAAAUGAAGCAUUUAACGUCAAUGCACAAAUCACUGAUAAGCAACCACUGACCCUCGUGCUUCCGUC